AGGAGCGGAGCCGGAGUUAAAGUAGCCGCGCACGGUGCGCGUGAGAGAUACGGAGCAAAGCUUUCUCGCUCGGGCAUCUCCAGGUUUCGGGCUGGGAGCGCCGCUCGCAUCCACCAACACCUCUGUACCUGCACUGUCAACUUCAGCACGGCGUCGUGAAAGACAGGCACGAGCCGCGCGCGACGGGAGACACUGACGCCGGAGAGCGUGCUAGCGUACUUUGUGCCGCGCAGUUAAACAGCACAAGGUACUGAAUGAAGAGCGCGCGCACAUCCGAGCGACGGAGCAAAACAAGGACGAGCGCAGAGGCUUCGGGAGCACUUCACGAGGAACACCUGGCUAUACUCAAAAGAUCUCAUUAGACUGUGAUGAGCAUCAUCAUCUUCCACAGACUCAAGGUUAAUGGAGCAUGAGCUGUAGCGGUGGGUGUGUAAAACGCGCCCGCUGGGCCUGAAGGGGCAUUGUGCAGCGCUGUGACCGGGGCCAGGCAGCUGUGGAAGGCAUUAGACAGUGCCACAUUGGCUCUGAAAGGAAGUGAUGUCGCGUCACCACCACCGGUUCGAGAGGGACUACCGGGGCGCGUGGGAGCGUCGCGACCGGCCUGCACCCCUCCACAACGGAGUGACCAGUAACGCCUGCACCCCCGCUGGCCCUACACUUGCUAAUGGAAACAACCGGCCUGGGCUUCUUCCUCUUCCCGUUAUCCCCUCCCUCCUGCCCACUCCGGUCACCAUUGCCGUGACGACGAGCAGUAACGAGCUGGGCGCCAAACGUGCAGGGGUGCCGGUUUCAGCUCCCACAGUGAAGCCUGCAGGCCUUUCCCCUGGUGAGAAUCAGACGCCUGCACUGCUCCUGGCUCCGGGGUUGAGGUGGGGCCAAACACCCAUCAACCAGUCCACGCCAUGGGAUACAGACGAGCCUCCAGUCAAACAGCACCGAGAGAACGACACCGCGGGCCCUCCAUGGGUGCCUCCGGUGGUUGCAGUGAGUCAGCCGAGUCUCUUAGCUCACUCAUACACGCUGCCUCAGCCUCCUGCCUACAGCCAGGGAGCUUCUGUCCAGUCGCCUGUCAUUGGCGUAACUCCUGCCAUCCAGACCCCAGUUCCCCCUCACCACCCGCUCAUGAGUGCGCACUUCCAAGUUCCUCCACACUCGUCCCAGCCUCCCGGCAGCCUGGUGCUCAGCCUGCAGAACCAGUCGCCUUACAGCACCAACCAGCCGCCCAUCACCCCCUCGCCCAUGCCAGCUGGAGGACACAGCGUAGUGGGCAACGGGCACCUGACUCACCCACUCAUGCAGCUGCCCGCUCUGCCUUCCGCUGCACUGCCACUGACCAACGGGCAGCCUUCGCCCGCCUCAGCCAAUCAGGAGGGACCGAACGGGCUGCAGAUGCUACGUACGGUGGGCAUGGGGAAGUACGAGUUCACAGAUCCUGGGCAUCCUAAAGAGAUGUUGAAGGAGCUGAACCAGCAACGCAGAGAGAAAGAAUUUACAGACCUGAAAAUUGUAGUUGAAGGCAAAGAGUUUGAAGUCCACCAAAAUGUUCUAGCUUCCUGCAGCUUGUAUUUCAAGGACCUGGUGAAAAGGUCCCUCGGGGAGACGGGUAGUGGAGAGAAGCUGGAGCUGCAGAUGACCAACAUCAGCGCUGAUGUGCUGGAGAUGCUCCUGGAGUUUGUGUACACUGGUUCACUCGUCAUCGACUCAGCCAAUGCCAAAACCCUGCUGGAGGCCGCCAACAAAUUCCAGUUCAACACAUUUUGCAAAGUCUGCGUGUCUUUCUUAGAGAAGCAGCUGACAGCAGGGAACUGCCUGGGGGUCCUGGCCAUGGCUGAGGCUAUGUGCUGUACAGAGCUACACAACAUGGCCAAGGCAUUUGCCCUGCAGAACUUCCCAGACGUGGCUAGCCAGGACGAGAUCCUCAGUAUCUCUAAAGAAGACCUGAUCAGCUACCUGUCCAACGAUAGCCUCAACACCAAGGCUGAGGAGCUCGUCUACGAGACUGUCAUCAAAUGGAUCAAGAGGGACCCAACCAACCGAGUACAGCACAUAUCGGAGUUGCUGGCAGUAGUGCGACUACCGUUUAUUCACCCAAGCUACCUGCUGAAUGUGGUGGACAACGAGGAGCUGAUCAAGUCGUCCGAGGCCUGCCGAGACCUAGUAAACGAGGCUAAGCGCUACCACAUGCUCCCUCAUGCACGCCAGGAGAUGCAGACUCCCCGCACCCGGCCAAGACUGUCGGCAGGAGUUGCAGAGGUGAUAGUGUUGGUCGGAGGGCGUCAGGCCAUCGGCAUGAACCAGCGCUCUCUCACUGCAGUCACCUGCUUCAACCCCCAGAACAGCAAGUGGUAUCCGCUCGCUAGCCUGCCUUUCUACGACCGCGAGUUCUUCAGUGUCAUCUCAGCAGGGGACAACAUUUAUCUGUCAGGUGGGACCGAGUCCGGGGUGACGGUGGCAGAUGUGUGGUGCUACAUGUCACUACUGGACAACUGGAACCUGGUGUCACGCAUGACUGUGACACGAUGCAGACACAACAGCCUGGUGUAUGAUGGGAAACUCUACACUAUCGGAGGACUCGGCAUGGCUGGGAACCUGGAUCAUGUAGAAAGGUAUGACACCAUCACUAACCAGUGGGAGACGGUGUCUCCACUGCCCAAACCAGUGCACUCAGCAGCAGCUACAGUUUGUGGAGGGAAGAUCUACGUGUUUGGAGGGGUGAACGAGGCCGGACGAUCAGCUGGAGUCUUACAGUCCUACGUACCCCAAACCAACACCUGGAGCUUCAUCGAGUCCCCGAUGAUUGAUAACAAGUACGCCCCUGCUGUGAGCCUCAACGGCUUCAUCUUCAUCCUCGGAGGAGCAUACGCCAGAGCCACCACCAUCUACGACCCGGACAAGGGCAACAUCAAAGCUGGGCCCAACAUGAACCAUUCCAGGCAAUUCUGCAGCGCUGUUGUCCUGGAUGGGAAAAUAUACACCACAGGAGGCAUCGUGAGCAGCGAGGGACCAGCGCUAGGCAACAUGGAGACCUUUGAUCCCUGCACUAACACAUGGACUCUCCUGCAAAAUCUGCCAUGCCCGCUCUUCAGACACGGCUGUGUGGUGAUCAAGAAGUACAUCCAGAGCGGCUGACAACUAGCACACACACAGCCACACUCCUCAAUGCACUGCAGGGAUCCAAGUCAAAGCACUACUCCCCAAACUCCAGCGGCUCUCCUGGGUGGAAUCGAGUGGAACUCCACUGCUCGACAAGUCCACAAUCUGGAAGGGAAGUGUAGAGUAGCGAACCCUCAUUCACGGCUCUCGUGACAUAUGAGUAAUAAGCAAGCAUUUUGAUAACUAACUACAAAAACUUGUUUUCUUUGACAGACAUUUGUAGUUGAUUUUUUUUUGUGCAUAUUCUUUUGAUGUUUUUUCGCCCUUCCAAUAACUAUCUGUCCGUAACAGCCCCACAGCAUUCUUUUUUUUUUUUUUUCCCAACGAGUGACUCGAGCUUAUGAAGAGAUGCUGAAAUCAAAGUCAUGGUUCAUCAGUUUCUGCUACUUAUCAGGUCUACCGGACAAGAGUUACUCCAUCGAUUCAGAGGAAUUGAGGAUGAGAUUCCAGGAUAUAUAAGGUAAUGUAAUAGUUUGACUUGAGGGUACUUCAGUGAAGCCUGCAUCUCCACAAGACAGCAUCACGGGUAUAAGGUAGCACCAAGUGGCCAACAGUAAGACUGAACGAACAUGGUGGAUUUGUUUUUCUCCCAAACAACGCCAAAGCACAAUCUACUUCUGAUUUUGGGGAAGACAUUGUACAUUUUGUUCCUCCGUUGUAAUCUGAAUCCAGCUGAAACAGGCUGUGGAUGGAGGAGUUUGGGGGGCUGAGGGUCCUGUAUCAUAGGGAAGGAAAUAUGUAUAUUUUAAAAUUGAAGGUAAUUCUGUAUAAAUGUUUUAAGAAACUUCGAUAGGUUGAAAAAAAAAAAAAAAAGACUGUAAA